ACGUGCGAAAUUUCAGGUACUUACUUACUAUCUUCAGUUCUGUUACGAAUUGAAGCUGUAAAGAAGCACGUGUACCUAAGUAAGAUCCAACUAUAUAGUUUUCCAAGAAAGAAAAAAAUGGUUGCAAUUUCAGAAAAAAAUCAAAUCGACGAUAUACCAGAUCAAGAAGUCACAGAAAAGCUAUUUGAAAAACAUGAUUCUAGUGAAUAUGCACAAGUAUCUCCACCUUAUAAGCUUCUAUUCUCCAAACGGCUUCUAAUCCUAAUUUUAUUAUUCUGCGGAUAUCUUCUCGCUGCAGUAAUAAGAGUCUGUAUGAACAUCGCAAUCAUAGAAAUGACUUCCAAUAAGACUUCAUCGAACAACGGAAAUGAAACAACCCAAAAGGUACCUGAAUUCAACUGGAAUUCGAUUACCAUUGGCUUGGUUUUAGGCAGCCAUUCUUUUGGUUUCGCAUUCAGUGCAUUUGGAGGAUAUCUUGCGGUCAAGUUCGGAGGUUCUGUCACAUAUGGACUUGGAAUUGCAUCGGUAUCAUUGCUGACCAUUCUAAAUCCAGUAUUUUUAAAUAUCAAUUUUUAUGCAUUCUUGGCCAUCCGAAUCAUAGCAGGUGCUUUCGAUGGUUGCGCUUAUGCCUGUUCAGCAGAAGUCUUCUCACGAUGGAUACCACUCAACGAACGAUCUACAUUCAUGGCAAUCAUUUUCGGUGGACUUUAUAUCGGAAUUGCAGUUGCAUAUCCCAUAUGUGGAUACAUAGCGUUAUAUUGGGGAUGGAGAAUGAUAUUCUACGUCACAGGAGGUUCUGCUUUCACGUGGUCAAUAAUUUGGCUGCUUAUUGCGAGAAAUCAACCAUCCAAAGAUAGACGAAUAUCUAGAAAAGAACUCGAAUACAUUUUGAGUAGAACUGAAACAACACCAAGGAAGGAAAUUGUCCAUCCGUACAAGAAAAUAUUCCUAUCCUCGGCAAUUUUUGCUUUGGGUGUAGCUAAAUUCACUUAUGGCUGGGGAUACUCAGUAAUUAUCACCAGUCUCCCUUUAUACGUCAAAGAUAUGACAAAUAGAGAAAUAAAUGAAAUCGGGAUAAUUUCUUCGUUGCCAAACUUAUGUUGCAUUUUCAUGACACCCAUCAUAGGAGCAUUAAUAGAUUACUUGCAAAAUACCCACAACCUUAAACCUACUGAAAUACACAAAUCGAUGAUGUCCUUCGGAUUCAUCACUGGAUUCAUUCUUUUUGGAGUAGCCUCCUUUAGCAGAAAUUUUGUCCUAUCAAUGACAUGCUUCAUACUGAUAAAAAUAUUUCUAUCAUUCAACUUUCUCAUCUUACAGUUGACUUGCCUUUACAUGGCACCUAAACAUUCGAGUCUCUUGUUAGGAUUAUCAGCAGUUUGGUUCUUUGCGAGUCAAGUUUCUUCGCCAGCUUUAAUAGGCUUCAUCGUAGUCAGCCAUGAUCUGCAAGAAUGGAACACGUGCUUCAUGAUCUCAGCAGGGGUAUUAAUUUUUGGAGCAAUCUUUUACAUGAUUUAUGGCACCAGCGAGUUGCAGCCAUGGGCUACGACGACGUCAUCCAGUCAUGAUUCAAAACACGAAACAGCGCUGCAAAAGAAUAACAACAACUGCUAUAAAAAAUGAUUUCGUUUUGUUCAUCUCAUCUGCUUAAUACAAAUUAUAAAGUAUACACGAA